AUGUUCGCUAAAAUCAUUUUCUUCUGCGCCCUGGCCAUUGCCAGUAUCUGCGCUAAGCCUCAGCUUCCGUUGGCCUAUUCUUCCCCGCUGUUGGCCAACCCAGCUAUCGCCGUUGCCUCGCCAUACGCUGCUUACACAUCGCCUGUUGCUGCUGCCUACACCGCUGCCUCGGCUCCUCUAACGGCUGCUUAUCCCAGCCCUUAUGCCGCAUAUCCUUAUGCUGCCUACAACUCGGUUUUCUUGUAAGCACUUGUUUUACAGUGUUGCGUAAUGGCUUUAUGAUAUGGACCUGAAUGAGAUAGUUUGUGUACGGAUGCAGAAACUAUAACCUCGCUUGUUACAUACGCUAA